GAUAUCGUCAAAAUAAUUAUCAGCAACAAAAUAAUCAGCAAAAUCGAUCUCCACAAAAUAAUCAAUCAGGAUCCAUUAUAUGCUUUGAUUGUGAACAGCUUGGACAUAUUAGACGAAGUUGCUUAACAAUAAUAUAA